AUGGACGCGGAUCUGAUCAGCUUGGUCAACAAGCUACAAGAUACUUUCAAUGCCAUUGGCGGUGAAACGGUCGACUUGCCCCAAAUUGUCGUAGUCGGCUCGCAAAGCUCCGGCAAAUCGAGUGUGCUCGAGACCAUCGUUGGGAGAGACUUCUUGCCUCGGGGCUCAGGCAUUGUGACGAGGCGGCCGUUGAUCCUGCAACUCGUACAUCUUCCGCCGUCUCAGCCAGCUGGACCGCCUUCUCCGGCGACCGGUGUCGCGAGCAGCUAUGCCAGUCUGCCGACAUCCUCAAAGAUGCCAGUACGGUCAGGCAGGUCAACGCCUAACGCGCCGGGAGGCUCGCCCAACCUACCCGCUGCUCCCUUCCCGCCUGCUUAUAAUGGAAGCUCCUCGUCCUCGGCAUACAGCGCGCCGGCUAUGGCACGCGAGUACGGCGAAUUUUUGCAUACCGACAAGCGGUUCUAUGACUUUGCAGAGAUGCGAAGGGAAGUCGAGCAAGAGACUUUCAGGGUCUGCGGGCAGAACAAGGGCGUCUCGAGGCUGCCUAUCAACCUCAAAGUCUACAGCGAACGCGUGCUCAACCUGACAUUGGUCGACUUGCCCGGCCUGACAAAGAUCGCGAUUGGAGAUCAGCCCAGCGAUAUUGAGAGGCAGAUCCGCAGUCUUGUACUCGACUACAUCUCAAAACCCAAUUGUGUGAUACUGGCUGUAUCGCCUGCAAACGUCGACCUUGCCAAUUCCGAUGCACUCAAGCUUGCUCGCUCGGUAGAUCCGCAAGGCAGGCGAACGAUCGGCGUCCUCACAAAGCUUGAUCUAAUGGACGCCGGUACAAACGCGCUCGAUAUUUUGACUGGCCGCGUGUACCCGCUCAAGCUUGGCUUCAUCGGCGUUGUCAAUCGCAGUCAGGCUGACAUCAACAACAACAAGUCCAUCAGCGAUGCUAUUGACGCAGAGGCCGACUACUUCAGGAAUCACCCAGGCUAUCGCAAUAUUGCGCAUCGCUGCGGCACGAAAUAUCUCGCAAAGACCCUUAACCAGGUCUUGCUGGGUCAUAUCCGGGAUAAGCUGCCAGACAUGAAAGCUCGCCUCAAUACGUUGAUGGGUCAGACUCAGCAAGAAUUGAAUGCUUUCGGCGACUCGGCUUUCCUGGGCGAACAGCACCGCGGCUCACUCAUUCUCAAACUGAUGACACAAUUCGUUCGCGACUUCACGGCAUCUAUCGAUGGCACCUCUUUCGAGAUCUCCACGAAAGAACUCUGCGGCGGCGCGAGGAUCUACUACAUCUUCAAUGAUGUUUUCGGUCACGCUCUCGAAUCGAUCAACCCAACCCAGAAUCUGACCAUACAAGACAUCAGGACAGCGAUCAGGAAUUCGACGGGCCCAAGACCGAGCUUGUUUGUGCCCGAGGUCGCGUUUGACUUGCUUGUCAAGCCUCAGAUCAAACUGCUCGAGCCGCCAAGUCUGCGCUGCGUCGAGCUUGUGUACGAGGAACUCAUGAAGAUCUGUCACAACUGCACGAGUACUGAGCUACAAAGAUACCCCCGACUGCAUGCUCAGCUGAUCGAGGUCGUGUCAGAGCUAUUGCGCGAACGGCUCGGACCGACGUCAGAAUAUGUCACGAGUCUUAUCGCUAUUCAAGCGGCGUAUAUCAAUACCAACCAUCCCAACUUUGUCAGUGGUUCAAUUCAUCCCGAGCCAGUAAAUCAUCAUCAUGCGCGCUCGGCCCCAGCUGCAGCGUCGGCGGUCACUCGCAAGCGUCAGCAAAGCGAAGGAAAGAUGUUGCCGCAUGAAGACGUUGUGCUGCAUUCGAGCGAGGAAGAUGACGAUGCGGUGACCGGAUUGCCAAAUGGCUCCCAUAGACCGGCAUCUGCCGCGUCUGACAAGGGCCGCUCGAUGUCGUCAUCUGUACACGACCGCUCUGCUGCGAAUCGCAGCGUCCCCGGCGCAUCACUCCUACAGCCGUCGGUGCCCCCCUCGGCGGAAGCCACGCACGCAAACGUGCAGCAGACUGCAAAAGAUUCAUUCCUUAAUUACUUCUUCGGCGGUCAGGCUGCGCAGCACAACGCUGCAGUCUCUCGACCUCGCAGCGCGCCCGGUUAUGGAGACUUCGACCACCACCGAGCUGACAACCCCCUCACCGGGCGUCGAGGCCUCGAAGGCAGCGCAGCCGCUUUCGACAUGAAAAGCCUCGAAAAGCAUCUCGAAGCCGCACCACUCGAUCCCACAUUUCACAUGACAGAUCGGGAAGAGAUGGAGACGACGCUCAUUCGCUCUUUGAUAUCUUCCUACUUUUCCAUCGUGCGGCAAACCAUACAAGAUACUGUGCCGAAAGCGAUCAUGCACCUCCUCGUCAACUUCAGUCGAGAGAGCAUUCAGACUCGCCUCGUUUCGUCGCUCUACAAGGAGCCUAUGUUUGCAGAUCUGCUCUACGAAGACGAAAGUCUCACGGCCGAACGAAAGCGUGUCGCGGCGUUGCUAGACGCCUACCGCAAAGCCUUCCAAGUGUUGUCCUCUGCCUGA